AUGGGUUGGUUCGACAACAACGAUCACGAGGAGGCUGCCCAGCAGUGGAACUCCUCCGAGCCCCGCGAGCACGAGCCCUCCUUCGCUCACGAGCUCAUUGCCGGAGCUGCUUCCUUCGAGGCUGCCAAGGCCUACGAGGAGCACUGCGAGCGUAACGGCAAGCCCGAGUCCCACCAGAAGGCCAAGGAGCUCCUCGCCGGUUUCGCUGGUGCCUUCAUCGACCGCGAGGUUGAGUCCAAGGGCCUCGACUUCCUCGACAAGGAGAAGGCCAAGUACCAGGCUCGCCAGAACAUUGAGCAGGGUGGUGCCGGCGAGUUUUAA